UCGAGCCAUUAGCGAUUAAGGGCGGGCAAGCAAGGGGACACUGGCUGGGAGGCGCUCGCAGGGAACCGAGGGGAGGGUCGGAUCCGGGGUUGGAGGGGCGCUGGAAAAAGAAAAGGGUACGUAGCCCCACUCAUCUCUCUGAAAUCUGCGAAAAGGAAGGAGGACGUUGGGCUCUUGUUGCUUCCCCCGAGGAAGCCAAUUCCCCUCUCUUAGUCCCGGCCCGGGUUGAUCGUGUUGGUUGUUGGCGGCCGCUGGGCGUUCCCCGAAGUCCGGGUGCCCGUGCAGUCUGGAUUCCCGGAGCUGGUCACCAUGCCGGGCAGAGUUUAGCUCCCCCAUGGAGCAAACCAACUUCUACGAGGUCGAGUCCCGGCCCCCGAUGAGCAGCCACCUCCAGAGUCCCCACCACCAGCCUAGCAGCGCCGCCUUUGGCUACCCCCGGGACUCGGUCCCUCCUCAGCCCCCCGCAACACCUGCAGCCGCCGCCGCCUCGGAACAGCUGGGCGACAUCUGUGAGAACGAAAACUCCAUCGACAUCAGCGCCUACAUAGAUCCCGCCGCCUUCAACGACGAGUUCCUGGCCGACCUGUUCCAGCACAGCAAGCAGCAGGAGAAAGCCAAAGCUGCCCUGGCAGGGGGCGAGUUCGACUACCCUCCGCAGCCGCAUCCCGCCGGCCACGCCAUGCACGGAGCCCACGGGCCUGGGAGCCACCCCCACGUCUAUGGCUGCAUGGCUGCGGGCUACCUGGACGGCAAACUGGACCCCUUGUACGAGCGCAUUGGGGCCCCGGCCUUGCGACCACUAGUGAUCAAGCAGGAGCCCCGGGAGGAAGACGAAGCUAAGCAGUUGGCGCUGUCCGGCCUCUACUCUUACCAGGCUCAGCAGCAGCAACAGCAACAACCACCGCCGCCUCCUCCAGCCCACCACCACCACCAUCACCACCACCAUCCAGCGUCCCACCUCCAGUACCAGAUCGCCCACUGCGGCCAGACCACCAUGCACCUGCAACCAGGGCAUCCCACACCGCCGCCCACGCCUGUGCCCAGCCCUCACCACCAGCCGCCGCAGCCAUCGCACCACCCACACCCGCAGAACAGUCUACCCCCGGGAGGGGGACUCAAGAUGAUGUCCACGGACCACCGGGGUAAAUCCAAGAAGUCAGUGGACAAGAGCAGCAGCGAGUACCGAGUGCGUCGGGAACGCAACAACAUUGCUGUGCGCAAGAGCCGGGACAAGGCCAAGCAGCGCAACGUGGAGACCCAGCAGAAAGUGCUGGAGCUCACGAAUGACAAUGACCGGCUGCGCAAGCGGGUGGAGCAGCUGACUCGGGAGCUGGACACGCUGCGAGGUAUCUUCCGCCAGCUCCCAGAAAGUUCCUUGGUUAAAGCCAUGGGCAACUGCGCGUGAAUAAGCGCUCCCCUCCCGCCAGCCCUUCUCCAGCUCAGACUCCCGGUGGCACUCAGGCCCUCGGUGGAUUCCGUCCUUCAGUCCCUUCUCCCUCCGUGCCCACCAGAAGCUGGACUGAAGGACGUUACUUUGGAGGCUGGUUGGGUUUUGUUUUUUGUUUUUGUUUUUUUUUUUAAUUUCAGACCAGACUGAUCUCGACCAAGACAGAACGAGGAAAUUCCGGUGCCAUAAACCCUCGCUGGCUUUGAUUCUCUGCCCCCUUGCCCCUCCUCCAAAGCCGUCCAGAAUCGCUUCCAGUUUGAGAUUUGGCCUUAGGUUGUUGUCUUCAAGUUUCUUUCUAAUCGGAGGGGCGGGGGGCGGGGGAGAAACAGGGGGUAAGGGUGGGGGGCCAAGAAGGAGGAAGGGAGAGAGAAGCCCGGAAGCCAGGCAGCUCUAGUAUUAAGUAAUAACCCUGUGCCUUAGGAGCGGAGACGCGUCUAAAUUGAAACUCUGGGAUUCCAAGUGUCUUCGGAAUGGAAGGAACAAACCAUGUGCCUUUGUCAUUUGAUCUGGGGGUUCCCCAUGUCCCUGCAUCCCCAGACUACCGGGCCCCAUUUCCCUCCCCACCUCUUUCUGCUUAGGAAAGAUGCGGGAUUCUGGGGAAAGGUUGUAGAAAGUGAAGCUCCUGCCAUUCCGGGACUGGGGGUUCGGAGGACAGGUGAUGGGCCUUCCCUUAUAGGCCAGAGAAAGGAGGGUGAAGGAGGUAGGGCUAAGGGUAGAGAGAAGACAGAGUGGGGGACGGCUUGCCGGGAUGCUGAACCGGAGAAAGGACUUGGUGAUAUUCCGAUGCGAGUAUUACAAAGUCCUUAAGAAGAAAAAGAAACCCCAGUAGCUUGGCUUUAAGCCUGUGGUUGCUGCCCUUAGACUUGUCCUAAAGAGGUGUUGAGCAGUGAUCGGCAGGCAGCUCUCCCCAUAGGAGAAGUGACAGAGGGGCUGAAGUCCUAAGUCAGCAGCUCCCCCCUCCUCCAAGGAAAUGGUGUGUGAAGGGCAGAAGGGGUGGGGGAGUCAGGAGACUAGUGAAACUGUCCCCUUGAGGAGAGGGAGGAGGAAUGAGGGGAGUUACUAAGCCAAACUCAGAGCAGCAAUGUCUGUACUAUAUGUCGUGAAGUCGCAAUAAUACGAAGCACAAUGAAUAAACUCCUAUGAGAUGGGGGAGUUAGUUACAAGAAUCGGCCCAGCCUGUUGCUUUCUCACUUGUUUGCAAGCCCCAAUCCCAGGCUAGAUUCCAGUUUCGCGGGCUGCAGUGUGACUGUCCACCGCAGUGUGCUAAUGUUGCAGCCCCGUGCAAUCACUUCGCCUGUAUUUUUCACUCAGAUUUUGACUGAGAGAUUUUCUUUGUUGAGGAGUGGAAGAGAGCUCUCCAGAGUCUCCAGCUUCCUCUCCUUUUAUUAUUGUUGUUGUUUUCUUCUCCCUGAAGGGUGGGGAGAAGCUGAAUACCCUCUACCUCUCUCUUCCCUUUGUGCCCCCUCCCUCUCUCCCCUGGUCCCCAGGGAGCAGCUCCCCAGAAGUGGUGCUGGGAAAAGGCAUGGGGAGGCAGGUCACCUGACCAAAGGAUUUGGGUUGAGAGAGGGGAACUUCAGAGAUGGCCUAAGCUCCCUCAAGACAAUCUCAAUCAAGGCAAAGAGCUGGGCCCACGCCACGGAGCCCAGCCGCCGUCACCACCUCCAGACUCGGGUCCUGUGACAGUCAGGAACUUGUGGGAGACUUUUUCCAAAGGCACCCCCACCCCCAGCCUAGCAGCCAAGCAUGUGCCCAGGGGAAAUCAAGGCAUGGGAGGGUGGGGAGAAGGAAAGGGCCAAAUUUUUUUUUGUCGUCAUGUUGUGGGAGAAUAUUUUAUUUUCCAGAUAUGAUGGAUGGGAAUUUAAUGUUGCCUGUUUUAUGUACAAAAUAUAUAUAAAUAUAUAAAUAUAUUAUAUAUAAAUCUCUAUAAAAAUGGGGCUAGGCGUCUUUUUAAGGCCAGAGAGAAACUACAUGGGCACGUUGUUGAGGGCCAGGUCCCAUUCCUCAAUAAACAUUACAUAUUCUUGAUGUCAGUGAA